AUGGCGUUUCCUGAACUCCUGGACCGAGUAGGAAGCCUAGGCAGGUUUCAGUUCCUCCAGACGGUGGCUUUGGUGACCCCCAUUUUGUGGGUCACCACCCAGAACAUGCUGGAGAACUUCUCAGCCGCUGUGCCCCGCCACCGCUGUUGGGUGGCCCUUCUGGACAACAGCACUGCCCACAAAAAUGUCGCCAGGGACUUUGGGCCCGAAAGCCUUCUGGCCAUCUCCAUCCCACCUGGUCCGGAUCAGCAGCCCCGCCAGUGCCGGCGCUUCCGCAAACCUCAAUGGCAGCUUCUAGAGCCCAACACCACGGCCACCAACUGGAGCCAGGCUGACACUGAGCCGUGUGGGGACGGCUGGGUCUACGACCACAGCACCUUCACGUCCACAAUCGUGACCACGUGGAACCUGGUAUGUGACUCCCAGGCCCUGAGGCCCAUGGCCCAGUCCAUCUACCUAGCUGGAAUUCUGGUAGGGGCCGCAGUGUGUGGCCAUGCCUCAGAUAGGUUUGGGCGCAGGAGAGUCCUGACCUGGAGCUACUUUCUGGUGUCUGUGUCCGGCUCAGCAGCUGCGUUCGUUCCCACCCUGCCCCUCUACUGCCUGUUCCGUUCCCUGGUGGCCUUUGCAGUGGCGGGUGUCAUGAUGAGCUCAGCCACUCUGUUGAUGGAGUGGACGUCCUCCCGGGCCAGUGCCUUGAUGAUGACCCUGAACGCCUUGGGCUUCAGCUUUGGGCAGGUCCUGACUGGCUCUGUGGCCUACGGUGUACGCAGCUGGAGGAUGCUACAGUUGGCUGUCUCUGCCCCCUUCUUCCUAUUCUUUGUAUAUUCAUGGUGGCUGCCAGAAUCGGCACGCUGGCUCCUCACGGUGGGCAAGCUGGACCAGGGCCUGCAGGAACUGCAGAGGGUGGCGGCUGUCAAUCGGAAGAAGGCAGAGGGAGACACACUGACCAUUGAGGUCUUGCGGUCAGCCAUUCAGGAGGAACCAAGUGGGGACCAAACUCGUGCAGGGCUUGGCACUCUGCUCCACACACCUGGGCUGCGCCUCCGAACCUUCAUCUCCAUGCUGUGCUGGUUUGCCUUUGGCUUCACCUUCUACGGCCUGGCCCUCGACCUGCAAGCCCUGGGGAGCAAUAUCUUCCUGCUUCAAGCACUCAUUGGGAUUGUGGACCUCCCAGUGAAGACCGGCAGCCUGCUGCUGCUCAACCACUUGGGCCGGCGCCACUGCCAGGCCGGCUCGCUGGUGCUGUCGGGACUCUGCAUCCUGGCCAACAUACUGGUGCCCCACGAGAUGGGGGUCCUUCGCUCGUCUCUGGCUGUGCUGGGGCUGGGGUCACUUGGGGCUGCCUUCACCUGUGUCACCAUCUUCAGCAGCGAACUCUUCCCCACUGUGCUCAGGAUGACAGCAGUGGGCCUGGGCCAGGUAGCAGCCCGAGGGGGCGCCAUCCUAGGGCCUCUGGUGAGGCUGCUGAGCCUCUAUGUCUCCUGGCUGCCCCUGCUGGUGUAUGGAACGGUGCCGGUGAUAAGCGGCCUGGCCGCGCUGCUGCUGCCUGAGACCAAGAACUUGCCACUGCCUGACACCAUCCAAGACAUCCAAAAGCAGUCAGGGAAGAAGGCGACACACGACACAGCAGUCAGCACCAUCCUGGUGUCUACACAGCUGUAG